AUGGAUCCCUCGGCUACAUUUGCAGAAUGUCGAGUUUCCGGUGCAGAUGCGCCUGGAAAAAGCUGCCACGAUCCACAACACGCUGGAGAAGAGCUAAAGCAAAACAUACAUGCGAAGAACCAGAAAGGAUGGAGAAGAGUCGCACUCAACUUCACGCCGUCGUGGUUCUCGGUCAACAUGGGCACAGGCAUUGUGUCCACCCUGCUUCAUAAUCUGCCGUACAAUGGCCGCUGGCUUUAUUGGAUCUCGGUCGUCAUCUUCUGUCUGAACAUUCUUCUCUUCAUCAUCUUUAUGACCAUUAGUGUCGUUCGAUACAUCUACUUCAAUGGGCUUCUCAAGGCUAUGCUUCAGCAUCCUGUUCAAUCACUGUUUUUAGCAUGGUCAUUAUGGUGGUUUGACGCUGUUCUUUCGAUCGCCAUUUGCAUGGGCCUCCCGUUUCUCAUCAUGUACGAGCACGGUGGUGAAUUCAAGACGAUGACGGCUGCGUGGCUGCUACCAGUCGUUUCUCCCAUCGUCGCAGCUGCCACCGGAGGAAUUGUAGCAGAGGUGUUGACUAACACUCGGUACGCCCUCUGGACCAUGGUGAUAUCUUAUAUCAUCUGGGGCAUGGGUUUUCUGCUUGCGAUGAUGGUUCUCGUCAUCUAUCUACAUCGUUUGACUAUACACAAUAUUCCGCCACGAGAGGUCAUCGUGUCGGUCUUCCUACCUCUCGGACCCAUUGGCCAAGGAAGUUUCGCACUCAUGCAGCUUGGUAAGGUUGCGGCUAGGGUCCUGCCCGAGACUAGGACAUUGAUACCUGAAUCUGGACCAAUCUUCUACACGCUUGGUUUUGCCAUUGCUCUCGUGCUUUGGGGAUUCGGCUUACUGUUGUUGUUCUUUGCCCUUGCGAGUAUCUCACGGUCUCGCUUUCCAUUCAACAUGGGCUGGUGGGGCUUCACAUUCCCUCUAGGUGUCUACACGGUGGCGACGGCGACGCUAGCGGAAGAGUUGCCUAGCCUUGUGUUUCGAGUGCUGGCAACCAUCUUCUCUAUCUGCGUCACUCUGUGGAUUGUUGUGAGUGUCAAUACGAUCAGGGAAGCGUUCACUGGGAAGUUGUUGUUCGCGCCGUGCGCUUCUAAGUUUGAGGUGGAGUAUACACAACGGAGGAUUGAAAGAGCUCAAAAGUCACUAGAGAUGAAACCACCUGAGGAGGAAGCGUAA